UCAAGAUCCAGCCUGUAUUAUGGCUGGCAGUGGGUCUAAAUCAGGACCAACUGGUGGGCUUUCCAUGAAAUCACAGCUUCAGAUCACAGUUAUUUCAGCAAAACUAAAAGAAAAGAAUAAAUGGUUUGGACCUAGCCCUUACGUGGAAGUGUCAGUAGAUGGGCAGUCAAAGAAGACAGAAAAAUGCAACAACACAAAUAGUCCAAAGUGGAAACAGCAUCUUACAGUAAUUGUCACUCCUGUAAGUAAACUAAACUUUCGAGUCUGGAGCCAUCAAACAUUAAAAUCUGAUGUCCUUCUGGGAAGUGCUGCUCUGGAUAUUCAUGAGACUUUGAAAUCAAACAGUAUGAAACUUGAGCAGGUAGUGGUGACACUGCAUCUUGCUGGUGACAGAGAACCAACAGAAGUGGUGGGGGAUUUAUCUGUCUGUCUAGAUGGGAUGCAGGUUGAUCCUGAGCUCCUCACCAAUGGUGAAGCCUCAGGUACAAGAAGUCCUACACAGAAUGACAGCUCGAAAGUAAAGAAUGAUACACGAACUAACUCAAAUGGCCUUGAAAGCUGUGAAGAUGCUGUUCCCAGUGAAAAAAAGACUGUUAAUGGCAGUGAUUCUCCCUUACUCACAAAUGGAAACUGCAAACCUCCUAGACCUCCCAGGCCUUCUAGACCACCUCCACCCACACCCCGCAGACCCACCUCCAUAGCUGCAAGUGUAAAUGGUCCCUCCUCCACGAGCACUGAAAAUGAUGGAGCCAGUGCAGGAUCACUGGCAGGUACAGCUUCAAACACACCUUCAGAGCAGAGCCCUGAGGGGGCAACAGCUGCAACUACAGCUGCAACUACAGCUGCAACAACAGCUCCUGCAACACCAGUAAACCCUUCACCUCAGGCCACAGUCAGUCAAGGUCCUCUUCCACCUGGUUGGGAGCAAAGAGUAGACCAACAUGGUCGUGUGUACUAUGUAGAUCAUGUUGAGAAGAGAACAACGUGGGAUCGACCAGAGCCUCUUCCUCCAAGCUGGGAGCGACGAGUUGACAACAUGGGGAGAAUUUAUUACGUUGACCAUUUCACCAGAACCACAACGUGGCAGAGACCAACCUUGGAGUCAGUGCGGAACUACGAGCAGUGGCAGCUGCAGCGCAGCCAGCUGCAGGGAGCCAUGCAGCAGUUCAACCAGAGGUUCAUCUAUGGGAACCAGGAUUUUUCAUCCACACAGAACAAAGAGUUUGAUCCUCUUGGCCCUCUGCCGUCUGGAUGGGAAAAGAGAACUGACAGCAAUGGCAGGGUGUAUUUUGUCAAUCACAACACACGAAUUACUCAGUGGGAAGAUCCCAGGAGUCAAGGUCAAUUAAAUGAGAAGCCCUUACCAGAAGGCUGGGAAAUGAGAUUCACUGUGGAUGGCAUUCCCUAUUUUGUGGAUCACAACAGAAGAACUACCACCUACAUAGACCCCCGCACGGGCAAGUCUGCUCUAGACAAUGGACCCCAGAUAGCUUAUGUGCGUGACUUCAAGGCAAAGGUCCAUUAUUUCAGAUUCUGGUGUCAGCAACUGGGGAUGCCACAGCACAUAAAGAUCACAGUGAGCAGAAAAACAUUAUUUGAGGACUCAUUUCAACAGAUAAUGAGCUUCAGCCCUCAGGAUCUACGGAGACGUUUAUGGGUUAUUUUCCCUGGUGAAGAAGGCUUAGAUUAUGGAGGUGUUGCAAGGGAGUGGUUCUUUCUAUUGUCACAUGAAGUUUUGAACCCAAUGUAUUGCCUGUUUGAAUAUGCAGGGAAAGAUAACUACUGCUUACAGAUAAACCCAGCCUCUUACAUUAAUCCAGACCACCUGAAAUACUUCCGAUUUAUUGGAAGAUUCAUUGCCAUGGCUCUGUUCCAUGGGAAGUUCAUUGACACUGGUUUCUCUCUGCCCUUCUAUAAACGGAUGCUAAACAAGCCAGUAGGACUCAAGGAUUUAGAAUCUGUUGACCCAGAGUUUUACAACUCUCUCAUCUGGGUAAAAGAGAAUAAUAUUGAAGAAUGUGGCUUGGAAAUGUUUUUCUCAGUUGAUAAAGAAAUCCUAGGUGAAAUCAAAAGCCAUGAUUUGAAGCCAAAUGGUAGCAACAUUCUCGUCACAGAAGAAAACAAGGAAGAGUAUAUUAGGUUAGUAGCAGAAUGGAGACUUUCCCGAGGUGUUGAGGAGCAGACACAGGCUUUCUUUGAAGGCUUCAAUGAAAUUCUGCCACAACAGUAUUUGCAGUAUUUUGAUGCUAAGGAACUGGAGGUGCUUCUGUGUGGAAUGCAAGAAAUUGACCUGAACGACUGGCAGAGACACACCAUCUACAGGCACUACACCAGGACCAGCAGGCAGAUCCUCUGGUUCUGGCAGUUUGUAAAAGAAAUAGAUAAUGAGAAGAGGAUGAGACUCUUGCAGUUUGUCACUGGAACAUGCAGAUUACCCGUGGGAGGAUUUGUUGACCUCAUGGGGAGCAACGGCCCCCAGAAGUUUUGUAUUGAAAAAGUUGGAAAGGAAAAUUGGUUACCUAGGAGUCACACCUGUUUCAAUCGCUUAGACCUUCCACCCUAUAAGAAUUACGAGCAGUUGAAGGAAAAGCUGUUGUUUGCAAUUGAAGAAACAGAAGGAUUUGGGCAAGAGUAACUGAAAUUUGCACCUUGAAGAAUGUGAACUCAACACAGUGUAUGUUCUUC